CUCUGCCCCGCCGAGUACAACCAUGGUCAACCACACGGAUACUGCAACAGCGCAUGAAGCAGCUGCGCAUCGCCGCGGUAAGAUCACCGAGCGCAACCAGCAGCAGUCGCCUCUAUUGCGCCUGCCCCCCGAGCUGCGUGACAUGGUGUACGCAUACGCGUUCGAUACCGCCCAGAUUGACGCUGUCUCGAUUGACCUCACAGAUCCAUGCAGCAAAUGGAGGCCACGCGUCAUCGAAACAGGUGGUCCGCUUCUUCUCGCGUGCAGUCAGACGUUUAACGAAGUUACGCGAUUCAAAAAAACGUACCUUCACAUACGUUGUCACGAUAUGGGUUGGUAUUGCAUCCCAUGGUUGCCAGAUGCAAAGCUCAACGCUAUCCGGUCGAUCACCUUCGAAGGACACAUCCGGUCUCAGUGUAUAUAUAUAGCUGCUCUGGGGAGCAAGCAUGCUCGCGGUCCCUGGGGGAUGUUUCUUAUGCGAGCCGAACACUCUCGUCAGCGAGGCAGCAAGCCUGCAGUGUACUUCCCGUCACUUCAGAUCAUCUACAUAGAUGGCAUCACCGAGAAUGCAUCACCGACUGAACUGGUAAGAGAGAUCCGGAAGAAGGACAUCAGCAUCCAAAUCCGCUUCACGCAGGAGUGCGAGGACGAAAGCGCUCGAAUCAUCCGGGCUCAGAAGGAUAUGGUCAGAGAUCUAUUUGAAGAAUCCAAAGCCACACUCGCCAUGAGGGAGGGUAAAGCAAUUGCAAGAAGGCACUUAGCGCAGAGACGUUCGAGACAAUAGGUUUGGGCAAUCGGCUAGAAAGACCUGAAGCCACGCCACGAGGGAAGAGUAAGCAGCCGCAAACGGGCACUCGACGCAGAUGUGUUCGGAGAUAGGGAGGAAAAAGGCUUGGAGAUGCGAAGUGGAGACGGCUACAACUCCAAGACCCUCAAGACCGUUGAUCAUGGAGCCGAAACGGAAUCAAGUAGCAUACUGCACAAUAGUCAUUAUAUAUAAUGCGACUACCUGCCG